GCAACGAGGUUAUGUUGCUUGUUUGUCGCGAAAAUUACAUCCAGCUGUUUGCAAAAAAAGAGAAUGAGUUUGCAUAUUUAUUAUUAAUAAUAAUAAUAAAAAUAAUCGUAUUAUUGAAAAGUUAUUUCAAUUAUAUAAAUCAAGACAAAAGCAUUUUGUUUUAAAUAGUAACAUGUAAAUGCAUUAUGACCAAAAUGAUAAGAAAAAUGUAGGCGGUCCAUUGUUCAAUGUGAUGAUUAAAUAAAAUGCAUUAAUUGACUCUAUAAUUAUUAUUUUUGCGUAAAACUGAUUAAACUUUUUUACAUAAAAAAAUACUCUCAGUGCGGAUAUAAUCUUUGUGUGAAUAGUCUCUUGUCAGUUAUUUCACGAUGGACUUGGCUGAAUCAUUUGUUCAACGAAAAUCAAUUUGUAAUAAAUUACAACGUAUACCACAAAAUAUAUCAACUGUUGUUGAGCAUUUUUUUUACAGUUUAGGUUUUAGAAUUGCAAAACAACCAGUUAAAUGGAUAAUUGGUUGUUCAUUUGUUGUAUUAAUUUGUCUAAGUGGACUUUACAAAUUUCGACAAGAAAAAAAUCCAUUGAAACUUUGGGUACCACCUGAUUCGGAUUUCGUUAAAGACACAGAAUGGCUGAUGUCGAAUUUUGCUGAAGGACAAAGACUUGAAACAGCUAUUUUUACUGCUGAUGAUGUAUUGCAAGCUGAUGCUCUCUAUCAAUUUAAUGAAAUAACAAAACGUAUUAUUAGAUUACAAAGCCUUGAUGAACCCAAACGAUACUGGACUGAUGUUUGUUUCAAAAUUCCAAUAAUAUCAAAAGAAUUAUUACGUCAAAGACGUAGUGUUGAUGAUGAUGAUUUUUUUGAUGAAGAACCAUUGGCUCGUGCAAAUAAAACAAAAUUUGAUCCAUCUGUUCAUGCACCAACUGAUUUAUAUUGUAGUAUUGUUGAUAAUUUACAACGUGGUUGUUUGGUAUUUAGUAUUUUAGAUAUAUGGGAUUUUGAUUCUGAUUUAAUUAAAAAACAAACAAAAUAUGAUAUUAUUGAAAAAAUAAAUACAAUUAAAAUAAGUCCAACACUUGGACAUCCAAUGAAUUUUAGUGAUUUACUUGGUGAUAUUGUAACUGAUGAAGCAGGAAGAAUAAUAUCAGCAAAAGCUGUUAAAUCAAUAUGGAUGUUACAUGUUAAUUUUCUAAAUGUCAAUAUGGAUGAAAUGGGAAACGACGUUGGAACUGCUGACUGGGCAACACCUGAUGUUUUGAAUUGGGAAUUGGCAUUUUUAAAAGAGCUUGAAUCAAGCUCAAAUGAUCUUAAAUUAUAUAAUGAAAAAUAUAAUAAAACUAUGGGCUUAUGGUACGAGGCUGGACGUAGUUUUGGUGAUGUCAGUGCAUCAACAAUGUAUCAAGAUAUAUUAAAAAUAGCAACUGGAGUUAUUUUAAUGUCUAUUUAUGUAUUAGUUAUAUUAUCAAGAUUUACAUGGGUUGAAUUACGACUUUGUUUAACUGGUGCUGGUUUAUUGUGUGUUGGUGGUGCCUUUAUUGUUGCUGUUGGUGUUUGUUCUUUAUUUGGUGUACCUUAUGGACCUGUACAUACAUCAUUGCCAUUUAUGUUGAUGGGUCUUGGGGUUGAUGAUAUAUUUGUUAUGAUGGCAUCAUGGAAACAAGUACUAACACACAAACAAAAUCGUGAAAAAACAAUUGAGGAAAAAAUUGGACUUAUGUUGAGUCAUGCAGGUGCUGCUAUUUCUAUUACAUCAUUGACUGAUGUUGUGGCUUUUAUCAUUGGUGCAUCAACUAUACUUCCAUCUCUUGAAUCAUUUUGUAUUUAUGCUGCUGUUGGAGUACUUGUUACUUUCUUUCUUCAAGUAACAUUUUUCGUAGCAUUUUUUACACUUGAUGUUAAAAGAAUUGAAAACAAAAGAAAUGGUAUUGUUCCAUGUGUCAUACAUGAUAAUCACCAAUCAACAAUACUCGAUCCAAGUAAAUCAUUAGCAUGGUAUAUUAUUGAUUGGUUUUAUUCAAAAAUAAUAUUAACAAAAUAUGGAAAAGCCAUGAUUAUUAUAAUAACAAUUACAAUGACAAUUGCUGCUAGUUUUGGUGCUAGUCAAUUGAAACAAUGGUUUGAUCCAAAUUGGUUUUUACCAAAAGACAGUUACUUAACAAAUUACAUGACAAUACAUAAUACUCAUUAUCCAAAUCGUGGAUAUCAAGCAGCUGUUUAUAUUGGUGAUAUUGAUUAUAAUGAUAAUUUAAAAAAUAUUAUAAUAUUAACUGAAAAUUUAAUGAACAUGACAACAUACAUUGAUCACGUAUCACCUUGGCCAAUAGACUUUAAAAAUUUUAUUCAUCAAAAUUAUGACAAAAAUAUAUUAACAAGCUCUCUAAAUAAUGAUGAAUUAUAUAAUUAUUUAUCAAAAUUUUUAUACAGUCAAACUGGAGGAAAAUAUCAACGUAAUUUUUAUUUUUAUAAUAAUUUAACAUGUGGUAAAAAUGCACCAGACAUUAAAGUAUCAAGUAUUGAUUUUUCAUUUAAAAGUUUUACUGGACCAAAUGAAUGGAUUCCAGCAAUGGAUAAUGUUAAAUUAUUAGCAAAAAAUUCAAAUAUAAAUGGUUUAAUAUUUGUUUGGAGUAGAAUGUUUGGUUCUUGGGUUACUGAUAAAGUUAUUGCUGAAGAAGUAUGGAGAAAUAUUGUACUAGCACUUAUUUGUGUUAUGGGUACAACAGCAGUAUUAAUUGCUGAAUUACAAACAUGUAUAUGGAUAUUAAUGUGUGUUGGUUUAACACUUGUUGACAUAUGUGGAUUUAUGUAUUAUUGGGGUUUAUCAAUUGACAUUGUAACAUGCAUUGGUCUUGAAUUGGCUGUUGGUUUGAGUGUUGAUUAUGCAGCCCAUGUUGCACAUGCAUUUUUAAAUAGUCAUGGUAAUGAUCGUUCAGCAAGAGCAUUAAUUGCUGUAAGACAUAUUGGUGCUGCUGUUUUAUAUGGUGCUGGAUCAACAUUACUUGCACAAAGUCUUAUGGCAUUUUCUGAAUCAUAUGUUUUUCAAACAUUUUGGAAAAUAUUUGUUCUUGUUAUAUUUUUUGGUCUUUGGCAUGGACUUUUAUUAUUACCAGUUAUAUUAAGUACAAUUGGUCCAUCAAGUUUACAUACUGAAACAAAAAAAAUAACACAAAUUAAUAAUGAUAUUAAUAAUGACAAAGAAACUGAAGUACAAGUUCCAUUAACUUCAAUUGCCACAACAAUUGAUUAAACAAUUAAAUGAAAAUUAUUAAAUUCAUCAUUAUCAAUAAUAUUUAUUUUUGGUUCAAUAAACAUACAAAAUUAUUACACUAUUCAUACUAUUAAUCACACAUUUAUACAAAAAUAAUAAUAAUUUUAAAAAAUUAAAAAGAUAGAAAAAAAAAAAAUUAAUAACUUAAAAAUGAUAUAUAUAUAUAUUUUGAUAUUAUAAUAAUAAUAAUAUAUUAAUAUUAAAAAACAAGUACAAAAUAAUGUAGCAAGAAUCAUUGUUAUGUUUGAAAUUUCUUGAUAUUUUUUUUCUAUUUGAAAUUUUAUUUAAAAUAAAAAUAAAAAACAUGACUAUUGUAAAACAUAAAUUAAAAAAAAAAUUAUGAAUUGGAUGUAUAUAUUUUAUUAUAAUAUUAAAUUUAUCUUUUUUUGUUAAAUUUAAUUUUCGUGAUUUAUUUAUUUAAUAUGUAUAAUUGUAAUUAAAUAUGACAAAAAUGAGCAGUGAUGAGUUUAGACCCAGUCGAUAGGUUAAUAUUUCAAUCACUGCUUUUCUCAGUCUUGCACAGUCCAUCGACAUUCAUUCAAUGUUUUUUUUUUUUAUUUUUUUUAAAUUAUUAUUUACUCUUCAAGCAUACAUUAUUUUUUGUUUUUCAUUUUUUUUUUUUUUUUUUAACAAAAUUAUUUCGUGGAUAAUUGUUUACAUCGAUUUGCCUAUUCGUUGGGCUGUUACACGCAUUUUCAUAAUAAUUUGCCCCUCGUUUGAAGAAAUACACUAAAGAAACGAGAGAAAAUCUCGACACAGAUGCAUAGAAAAUUCAGAAUGAAAGAAAUAAAAUAUAUGAUUAUUACACUAAGCGCGCACAUUGUUCUGCAGUUAUUUUUUUUUCGUUUUUUC